GUCCAGCUCUCCCCUCAUGGGGUCCCAUUUCCUUCUACCAGGACCGCGAGGGGCUGACCUCGGUCUUCUCUGACGGAUGCGAGGUCCCGCCAGUUUCUAAGGAGCCGAAGGCCACGACUCUAUGGGGGCGGAAGGCGGGAAGAAGACUGACUUUGGGAUUGGCCUGGUCGGGUGCACCAGGCUCCCAGCGAGCAGCCCCCGCCCUGGCAACCGCCGUGGCAGCCCCUGGAGAGUGCGGAGAAGCCGCUCCCCAACUUCGCGGCCGGUGGAAGGGGUGGGGGUCAGGGACAGUCUUCUCUGCCCCGUCGGUUUCUGCCUUGACGGCUCAGCCUGCUUCCAGGACAGCCAUUGCCAUGGUGACCCCCGAGGCUAUAAAGCCAGGUAUCUAGGAGGGCGGUGGCUCCCGCGCCGCUGAGUCCCCCAAGUAAGGAGCAAGCGCCCCGGCGUGGCCCGGCCCCCGCGAGAGGGGCGGAGGCGGAGGAACGGCGCCAGCAGCUUGAGGAGCGGCGCGCCCCGCCAGGGCUGGAGGCAGGCUUGCACGACGGGCGCCACCUUCUCAGCAGGGGAGCGGGGGCUGCCCCGGGUGCGGAUGAGUGGCGCUGCUCCAAGCCACGAAGGACUGAGGGGAGCCGGACGCGGGGAAAGCAGCGGGAGAGUCAGGAGGGGGCCCAGCUUCGGCUCCCGUAGUCUUCUUGGGGGCCAGGCGCUGAGCCCGGAGCAGCGAGCAACCUACACCUCCAGGCGGGAAGCCCAGGGAAGGGGCAGCGAGACGCCAGGCGUGCGACCCAGGAGCCGCGGGAACUGCGGGAGGAUAAGAGUGGGAACCUCAAGACCCUCGGCCGCAGCCACCCACGCGCUGAGUGAGCCGUACCAGAGCACCGGAGGGGACAAGAACCCGGCCGGGCGCGGGAACAGGGGCGCCCCCGUGCGGAGCUGCCGGGCCGCCUGGGCGCGGCGGCCAGGGCCAUGCUCAAGCCCAAGGACCUGUGCCCCCGAGCGGGUACGCGCACUUUUCUGGAGGCCAUGCAGGCGGGCAAAGUGCACCUGGCCCGCUUUGUGCUGGACGCGCUGGACCGCAGCAUCAUCGACUGCCGCGCGGAGCAGGGCCGCACGCCGCUCAUGGUGGCUGUGGGGCUGCCGGACCCUGCGCUGCGCGCGCGCUUCGUGCGACUACUCCUGGAACAGGGUGCGGCGGUGAACCUGCGGGACGAGCGCGGCCGCACGGCCCUCAGCCUGGCGUGCGAGCGCGGCCACCUGGACGCCGUGCAGCUGCUGGUGCAGUUUAGCGGGGACCCCGAAGCGGCGGACUCCGCGGGCAACAGCCCUGUGAUGUGGGCGGCGGCAUGCGGCCAUGGGGCUGUGCUCGAGUUCUUGGUGCGCUCUUUCCGCCGACUCGGCCUGCGCCUCGACCGCACCAACCGUGCGGGUCUCACAGCGCUGCAGCUGGCCGCCACCCGCGGCCACGGGACCUGCGUACAGGCCCUCACCGGGCCUUGGGGCCGCGCAGCCGCCGCCGCGGCGGCUCGGGGUUCCAACUCCGACAGUCCCCCCGGUCGUCCGGCUCCCGCGCCCAGCCCUGAGCGCCGACGACCCAGCCCCCGCCGCCUACCGCGGCCUCUUCUAGCGCGCUUUGCGAGAGCGGCUGGCGGUCAUGGUCACGGAGGCGAAGCUGGCUCAGGGGGCAAAAGCUCGGGCCGGCACCGGGCUCAGGGCAGCGAGCGGCCUGAGCUGGGCCGGAGCAUGAGCCUGGCGCUGGGUGCUGUGACCGAGGAGGAGGCUGCUCGACUGCGGGCGGGAGCCCUGAUGGCCCGACCACACUCGCCCCAGUCUUCGGGGACUGGGCGGUGGCGUUCCCAGGAGGUGCUGGAGGGAGCGCCCCCAACCUUAGUGCAACCCCCUAUUGGGCUUAGUCCCCACCCAGAGGGCGACCCCGGCUCUGGCCGCUUGGGUUUGCGCCGACGUUCCACAGCUCCAGACAUCCCCAGCCUGGUUGGGGAGGUAUCAGGGCCUGAGAGUGGGCCGGAGUUAGAAGCCAACGCCCUUGCCCACUCGGUGCCAGUAUCUCAGCCUUGGGAGGCCGGCACGGAGGCUGUGGUGCUGCAUGCUCAACGGUAAACAGCGCGGAAGCUGACACCUACUUCCCUCCACUCCCCCUUCCCUGGACCACUGGGAUUUCACUUUCUUGCAGGUCCCUCACUUUCCUGGCAUUGUCCUGCCUGUGAUCCCAGAACCUGUCCCCACUGCAAAGGCAAGACUUCU